GAAGUGCUUUUCCACAGUACCAAGCUGUUCUUGCAGUUCAGCUUUCCACCUCCCCGCGCGACGCUGGCAACAACAUGCUUCUGAUUCAGAUGCUCCACUGAGCUAUAAAAAUACAUUAAUCAGAACUGUGUGGCAUCUUCCUAAGCAAGACUUUCAAUGGGGCCCACUAUGGUUCACUUCAUCCAGAAGUUUUCUCAAGCAUCUUCAAAGAUGCUGAAGUACCCUUCCACAAUCAGACUAGGAGCCAGAAGGAGAAUAGAAACAUUUUCUCUCAAAACAUGCCUCCAGCAGAACUUUUCCCCCUUGUUUCCAAGGCCUUGGCUUGUCUCAUCAUUUCCAGUGUGUAUGAGCAAGACACAAUAUUAUCACACUUCCCCAUGCAGCUUUAAGAAGAAGCAAGAGCAAGGAGUACUUCCAGCCAGGCCACCACAAACCAUCAGUUACCUGCCUGACAGCCCAAAGCCAGCAUUAUACAUAACUCUGGCAGGACUAAUCCCCUUCAUUGCUCCACCACUGGUCAUGGUGAUGACAAAGACUUAUAUUCCCAUAUUAGCUUUUACUCAGAUGGCUUAUGGAGCCAGUUUCCUAUCUUUCUUGGGAGGGAUCAGAUGGGGUUUUACUCUGCCACAAGGUAGUCCAGCCAAACCAGACUUCCUCAAUUUAGCUAAUAGUACAGCUCCUGUUGUGUUUUCAUGGCUUGCGUUCUUUGUUUCUGAAAGACUCAGUGAAGCUAUAGUCACAGUAAUAGUAGGUUUGGGGAUAGCAUUACACACUGAACUUUUUCUAUUGCCACAUUAUCCCAAUUGGUUCAAAGCCCUGAGGAUAAUAGUCACUUUAGUGGCCUUUUUUUCAUUUGUAAUCACUUUACUAGUUAAAGAUUUUUAUCCAGAGAAGGGACCCAAGAGACUUAGGCAAGUAGAAUAAAUAUAAAACUACUCUGUAGAUGACGUUAGCAUGUUGGCUAGAAGCCUUGUAAGGUUGUGUUUUGGCAUCACCUUUUUCUACCUCUCCAGUUUAGCUCUUUUUUCCCACCAAUGGUGAUUUAUUCUUCCCAAAUUAUUUUUCAUUUCUAGAAAUCUUUAUUUUAUAAGGAAUCACUGAGAAACAGCUUGAAAACCCUUAACAAGUCCUUUUCAUGUUAUAUUAGGUUAUAGUUCUCAUUCAGUCUUUUUAUGAACUUUAUAGUCAUCCACUUAAAAUUUUCAAUGUUUUAAUUAUUUUGAAAAAUGUAAAUUAAAAGAUGAAAAACCUUUGUGCUAGAGCUUUAGGAUCAUUGAAAACACACACACACACCCCCUCAGAGGAAAACUUCGUAUCCAUGAGUGUCUGAAAAUAACAGGUGGCUCUAGUGUGGAGUUUUCAUUGCAGUUGCCCCUGGGAAUUGCGUUUCCAAGCUCUUUUUACCUGGCACAACCUAGUUAUUUGAACUGAAAGGAUCUGUGGCUCUAAAGUCAGUAGGGAGCAGUGUCACGAGGGAAAACUAUGUUCAAAGAAAAGCUAGACACAUUUUCCAGGUUUUACCAGGAUAUUUGGCAGAGUAUAGAUGCAACUUAUUUCCAAACAUAACACCAGCUGGUCAAAAAUAGUUAAAUAGUUAAAAGAAUAAAGCCUCUAGGACAUACAAA